AUGUCAAGUUCUCAGUGUUUUGAGAACCCACCAAAGCUGAAUCCAGAUUAUGGAGUAGGGACAGUUCAAGAAUUUGGUGGCCUUAAAACCUAUGUUACUGGUCCUUCAGAUUCCAAGCUUGCCAUCCUUUUCAUUUCUGAUGCUUUUGGUUAUGAAGCUCCGAAUUUGAGGAAGCUCGCAGACAAAGUUGCAGCUGCUGGAUUCUUUGUAGUGGUUCCUGAUUUUUUUUAUGGCGAUCCAGCUAAUUUGAGCAAGCCUAAUUUUGAUAGAGAGGCAUGGAAAAAUGCCCAUCCCACGGACAAAGGACAUGAAGAUGCAAAGUUGGUAAUUGCUGCUUUAAAAAGUCAAGGUGUGAAUUCCAUUGGUGCUGCAGGUUUUUGCUGGGGAGGAAACGUAGCAGUGAAAUUAGCCAGUUCCAAUGAUAUUCAGGCUGCAGUUAUAUUGCAUCCUGGUAAACUUACCAUUGAUGAAAUUAAAGAGGUAAAGAUUCCUAUUUCUUUUCUGGGAGCUGAAAAUGACCAUAUUUUCCCGGCAGAACAUUUGAAAGAAUUUGGAGAGUUUUUAUCUGCAAAAUCUCAGUUUGAUAGCCAUGUGAAAAUAUUCCCUGGUGUCGGUCAUGGAUGGACAGUUCGUUACAAUGUCGAGGAUGAACCGGCUGUCAAGAUUGCUGAAGAAGCUCACCGUGACAUGCUACACUGGUUUACUAAGUUUGUCAAUUGA